GAGAGAGAGCGUCCGUUCAUAGAUCUGAUUGUUAAACUAAGGCAGUUGUCGUGGUUUUCACUUGUAAGAAAGAAAAAAAAUGGCAGUCCCGGCUGUCACAGCACUGCAUUUGAGCGCAUCAAGCUCACCUCUGCUAAACCCUCAAGAUCACAACAUUCACAUUGAGGGAAAAGAUUUGGGAGAAACCGACAUCCUUCCUCUUCAUUCUCCCUGGACUUUUUGGCUUGAUAGAUCUCUGCCAGGAACAACAGCUGCGGAAUGUGAGUCAAACCUGAAGAAAAUCUACACCGUGGAGACAGUCCAGAACUUUUGGAGAGUUUACAACAACAUACCUGGCGUGUCCAGCUUGCCACUGAGAUGCAGCUAUCAUCUCAUGAGAGGAGAGCGAAGACCCCUCUGGGAAGAGGAAAGCAAUGCAAAGGGUGGCGUUUGGAAAAUGAAAGUACCAAAAGAAUGCACUUCUGCUGUAUGGAAGGAGCUGCUGCUGGCUACUAUUGGAGAACAGUUCAGUGACUACUGUGCUUCAGAAGAUGAAGUGGUCGGAGUCAGUGUCAGUGUGAGAGACAGAGAGGACAUCUUUCAGGUCUGGAACGGAAAUGCUUCUUGCGCCAAUGAGGCGAACAUAUUAGGAAGAAUCUAUGAGCUCCUCCCACAAAUAUCUUUUAAAGCAGUGUUUUACAAGCCACAUGAGGAGCACCACGCCUUCGAAGGAGGCCGCUCAAGACACUAGCACAUUUAGCACCCUGACGGUUUGUUUGCUUCAGCAAACUCCAGCUUUGUUGUUUUUUGUGUGUUUCAGACCAUAACAUUUGGGCAAUCGUUGAGGCAGUAAAAAUUGGCGAAGGAUCAGUGUUGCUAAUGUAAUAGACAAAAUGGGACAGAAGAAUAAAUACUUUUAAGUAUUACAGUAUGCUAUUCAGAAUUGAUUACACUGGCCUUUAUACAUUAACUCAAAAAAUUACUAUUUUAUUAUGCUCAACAAUGGAUAAAAUGCUGUCUUAGGAGUUUCUGUAAUACAUAAAUAUGUCAUUCAAAGUGCUUUUAUUUUGGCAUCAAGCAUAUAUACCAAUCAGCUAAAACAUUAAAACCACCGACAAGUGAAGUGAAUACAGUGCCACCUGUCAAGGGGUGGGAUAUUUUAGGCAGCAAGUGAACAGUCAGUUCUUGAAGUUGAUGUGCUGGAAGCAGGAAAAAUGGGCAAGCGUAAGGAUCAGAGCAACUUUGAUAAGAGCCAAAUUGUGAUGGAUAGACAACUGGGUCAGAGCAUGUCCAAAAUGGCAGGUCUUGUUGGGUGUUCCCAGUAUGCAGUGAUCAGUACCUACCAAAAGUUGUCCAAGGAAGGACAACCGGUGAACUGGCGACAGAGUCACGGCCGCCCAAGGCUCAUUGAUGCACAUGGGGAGCGAACUCUAGCCCAUCUGGUCCAAUCCCGUAGAAGAACUACUGUAGCUCAAAUUGCUGAAAAAGUUAAUGCUGGCUAUGAUAGACAGGUGUCAGAACUCACAGUCCAUCGCAGCUUGCUGUGUAUGGGGCUGUGUAGCUGCAGACCAAUCAGAGUGACCAUGAUGACCCCUGUCCACCACCGAAAGUACUUACAAUGGGCACGUGAGUGUUGGAACUGGACCAUAGAGCAAUGGAAGAAGGUGGCCUGGUCUGAUGAAUCAUGUUUUCUUUUAUAUCAUGUGGACGGCUGGGUGCAUGUGCGUUGUUUACCUGGGGAAGAGAUGGCACCAUGCACUAUGGGAAGAAGGCAAGCUGGUAGAGGCAGUGUGAAGCUCUGGGAAACCUUGGGUCCUUUUUUUUAAUGUAUAUCCGUUUUAUUAACAUAUAACAAAACUGCAACUCUGCAGUUAGCUUAUAUGAUUUCAACUAAAGUGGGGGGGGGGAUCAGGUUCCAUUAUCCAAACUGUUUAUCCUGCUCUUAGAGUCACGGGGAUGCUGGAGCCUAUCCCAGCAGUCACUGGGCAGCAGGUGGGGAGACACCCUGGACAGGCCACCAGGCUAUCAGGUUGCCAAAGAAAAUUCAAUAUAAGAGAACAGAAGGUAGCAAUUCUUCUUGCCUCCCUUGUCCUUGUCCUCCUCCCACCCUACACAUCUCGCUCUUGUGCUUUUCAUAUCUCUCUGCCAUAAUCACACCUUCCUCAAGGGUGUCCUGUCUGGAUCUCUCCAGAAUGGAAGUCAGUUCUGAUGCUAUCCUUGAGUUCUCACUGGUUACCAAUGUAAGAGCUGCUCCUGACUUGUCCUGCUUGACCCGUGCGGCCCACGCGGUGUACAUAUUCCACAAUGUGUCAAGGGAAGUCAUGAUUGAAGAUGUGUGUGAUGUCACAGAGAUCCAGGCCCCAAAAGUCUGUAGCCACAAGGAUAUGCGCACGACCCUCUUUGAAGUCCCUCAGGGCCUCCUCAUGGUCACACUGCUCAUGGCUGCCAUGAAGACACUGCACCACUAUACCUUGCAGGCAAAGGCCACUACUGGCCAAGUCAUCAGCCACAGAUUUCCUGCCAACAAAGAUGAGUACUUUAUCCUGGGGCAACUUGUUGCAGAUGAAGUCAAAGACAUGUAACUUUUUCUCUUCUUCCUUGACUACCCGCAUGACCUGUUGCACUGUGUCUACUAUUGCUAAAUCCAGGGUGCCCACAUACACGAUCAUAGGAUUGCUUGGGUAGGAUUUUGCCAAUCUCCUCGCACCAGUUGGCUAGGUAGCACUGGUCAUGACAGUAUGUCUGUCUGGGCGAAUGUCCAGCAGAAUCUUCAUAAUCUCUGGCUCAAAGCCCAUGUCCAGCAUGCGGUCUGCCUCAUCCAACACCAAAUAGGUGAUGGAGCAUAGGUUGAUGAGCUCAUUCAUCUGCAGAUCAUUUAGUCGUCCUGGCGUUGCAAUCACAAUGUCCAACCCGGCCCUCACUGCUUCAACUUGACUUUUCUUGUCACCACCGCCAUAGAUACAGACAAUUUGUGGACAUGAAAAAGUCAUGCUUCUGCCAUGAAUGGUCAUGCGCCUCUGGCACUUCUCAUUUUUUCAGAAACCUUGGGUCCUGGCAUUCAUGUGGAUAUUACUUUUUUUUAAUAAUUUUAUUUCUGAUUUUUCCCUUUUUUCUCCCAAAUUAGUGGCCAAUCGAUCCCUAUUUUAAUUCAAACACCCACCCUCGUACUGCAUGCAUUCGCCAACUGCAUCUCUCCGGCCGGCAGUCUCGAAGGAGACCGCCUCCCCACUUUCGUGACAAGGCGACUCCAGGCCGAACCACUGUUUUUUCCGACACACACAGAGACGCAUUCACGUGACGAACACAAGCCGACUCCGCCCCCCUCCUGAAGACAGCGUUGCCAAUGAUUGCUGCUUCAUCGACUCCGGCCAUAGUCGGAUCUGACGAGACCGGGGCGCGAACCCCAGUGGGCAACUGCAUCGACACAAAGCCGAUGCUUAGACCGCUAUGUAGAUGUUACUUUGACAUGUACUAGCUACCUAAACAUCAUUGCAGACCAAGUACACCCCUUCAUGGCAACGGUAUUCCCUGAUCGCAGUGGCCUCGGGGUUUUAAUGUUUUGGCUGAUCGGCAUAGGUUUCAUUUAUGGCUAUGGCUUUGUUUCCAUGUUGUUGUGUUUUAUACCAUGAAACGUUGCAGUACCUUAAGUGGAAUAUAGCAGAUUAUGUACAGUCAGGUUUUGUAGAUAUACAGUACCAUAUUUUGUGCAGUCUCAAGAGCAAAGAAGAAAACAGGUCUUUUAACUAGUUUUUAUUUUUGAUCAGAGAAAAGUUCCAGCAAGCAAAACUUUAUUUCUCAAUGCAAUAUUACACUUUCAAAUCAGUUCUUCUCUCUGUUUUAUAUGUUAAAGCUGUUUGUACCUGGAAGAAUAUACACUAGUAACACUGGCAAGAAAAUAUUGCACAGUCUUGUACUCAGUUUUAUUAUUAAGGAUAUGAAUGUAGUUUAACUAAUCUAGAAACAAUGACGUUAUUUCACUACUAAUUUACAGCUGUGAAGAAAUAUAUGCAAUAAGUUUGUAUUCGGUGGAUUUUUAAACUUUUUUUUGUGGUUUUGGUCUGGGUUUUUUUCCCCCCAUAUUCAUACUGUUUGUCCCAGAUCAAGCAUCAUGUUCUUCAUAUUGUGUAAGGUAUCAACCGUCCCUCCAGGAAUAUGUGAAGUUUCUAUGUGCUUUUUAAGACCAAAAAAUACCAUUUGAUGGCAGUUUUUUUCUGAUGGAGUCAAUGGCACUUUACUGUUUGGAGUACUGUUCUUGUUAAAGUGAGAGACUUGGUGAAAGCUGUAAAAGCACAAAGUUACCAUAUGUCGCUUCUUAUUUGACUUGAUUGUGGUGAAGUUGUAAUAAUUUUAGCAUUGUUUUGCAACAGUUGGUCUAAAAUUCAUGCUGUUUUUUUUGUUUUUAUUUUUUUAACUAGCAUUCAUGAAUCACAGAUUUCUGGAGGGACUGGUUAGGGCCCCUUUUGGUCUGUCUUGCAUAAAUUUCUAUGUUAAAGAACUGUGAGCAGGGUCAUCACCCACAUUUUACCUCUAAAAAAGAGGAAAGUUAUCAGUUUGAUUUACAUUUCCAUCCUGAGAGGCUGUUGUUAAUGAAAAUAUAUCCGGGGUCCGUGGGUGAACCCCACAGAACAGCCCAAAUGUCUUCAACUAUUACUAAUGUUGUAUGAACGUUUUGGAAAGCUGUUGGCUUCAAGCCUGAAGUAUUGUGUGUCAAAGGCCCCGUUUAUACCUGGCGUUAACAUGCGUCUUGGCUGAUCCGAUCACAAGUGGACAGCUGUAAGAAAAGACACAUGCACAGGAGAGUAAGUCAGUUUGUAAGCGUGAACCUCGCCAAACCCGUUCACGUUGCUUUGUCCAGUUCCAGUACUGAUCUCUGUUGUAAAGGAAAUAACACUGAAGCACAAAAUUAUGAGUAAUAAGCCAAACUGUUCCACCCCACCCCACACACACACAAGCACACACACAGAUAGAGUUCCAGUUAAGAUCUCAAGACCCGGCAACUGAUGUUUAUCUUGAAAUGGUGCCUUUCAUUUACCAGCAGUUGAGAAUGUCAUGUUUACCCUCGGCCACCUUGCUGAAGUUGUAUCCAACAAUGUACUUUAUGUAUUCGUUUUAACAGAUGUUAGAAAAUAAAGUCUUUCUAAG